CAACACUGACCGGAUUCUGAUUCGAUCAUUGAAGAAGAGUUCCAGGCAGCUCUGCGUUUCCGAAAGCUUCCAAAGCUUCAUCGUUUCCAAAUAGGAUCGCCUUGGAUGUCGUUAGGUGCAUCCCAAAAUGCUACGACCAGGCAAUGUUAGGAUGUUAGGAUCUUGGGAAAAGAAAUCUUGGUCUAAAAGGCCCUUGCCAUCAAUAAACGAAGGCGAGCAAUAGGUUUCUGUGCCGAUAUUCAUGCGCCUAGUGGGCUAUGCUAAUAGGGUACAUGUAGCAUUGCUUCAGGCCUUCGUCGAAAGCACAGAAACUUUCAAUUGCUAAAACUAAAUAAUCAGCCAUGUGCAAGCCAACCGUUCCAGCACACUGCAGCCCCAAGAACAACAAGGCCAGCAGCAUUGUUCAGAAGAACAACAAGAAGAAGGCAAUGACGAGCACCACCAAAAAGCAAGUGUGCUUUGAUGAUACCCGCCAGGUCGAAUGCUUUGUUUCCCAAGUGACACCGGAAAACUGCCACCAGAUUUGGUAUCAAGCGGAUGAAUUGACACUGUUGCAGCAUGAACUGUGUGCCAUGAUCAAGGCUCAUCGCACCAGCAUCAAGGAAGGUCUGCUGCCCAACAAGGUUCAUUGGAGAGGCUUGGAACACUAUCAGGACCGACGACCACGCAAAAAGGUGCGACGCACUCAUUCGCAACAAGUCGUCUACUUUUACAAGAUGCUCUUCCAUGACGAUCCCACUGGAUUGGGCAUGUUUGCAUCCGAUCAGAGCCUCGACUGCUCGGAUCGUGCCCGUGAGUUGGGGCUUCGGGAUGAACAGGAAGCCUUGAGAGUGUACUUGGAGGAAGCUAACAGCAAGAAGAGUGCUGUUGUCAAAGAUGAUGAUGAUACCAGUAGAAGUGGUGACACGGAAGACAUGACGGAUACGAGUUGCUCCAGCUGUUCGUCCUCGUCUUUGGAUGAAACCAGCACACAUGAAACUGGGUGGGCCAGAGAGGAGAAGUCUACACAGCGGGAUAUUGUGGAAGUGAUGGAGAUCCUCGUCCCAACCAAGCCUGAGAAAAGCCGGGAGGAUACACCAUCCUCACCAAAGAAAAAAGGGUCCUUUCUCAGGUUGGGUAAUCUGCUUCCAUUCUUUGUGUGAAGCCAAGAAGACUCCUGCAUUCUUCAUUUCUUACUUGAGCGAAAACAGCCAGCUUGCUCCACUGCCAAACGAACCAAUCUUGGUCGGCGAUGAAACCAACAGAGGGGGCGCCCGGAUAUCAAAAAGGAAAGGCGCCUGUUGCCCACUACCAAGCGGGCAACAAGCGCCUCCAGGGCCGCCAAUCAAAGCCAAACAGUUGAAUUGCUUGCGAUAAGCAAUGGGUGAUACCGGUAGCCCACCGCUGACGCACUGGAGAGACAGUGAGGAAACCGCAAGCUGGCUAGCCAUAGCCAAACCUAUAAUGAACUAGACGCUAAAGUAUCGAAUUCAC